ACGUGACGCAGUGACGUAGCUGAAUGUUGUUGUUGGUGGCGGCGGCGAGCGCAGCCCAGCGCCGCGAAGAUGGAGGAGCCGUCGAGGGGACGCUGUCGCCGUUGUCGCCGCCACUGCUGCCGCGGUCGCCCGCGGGCCCGGAGCGUGAGCCACCGGGGGGAUGCUGCCUUGAGCGCCUGAUCGCCUCAGCCGGAGGAUGGCCUUGGAUGGGCAGUAGAGGCGCGGUGGCCCCGGGCUCCUGUCCCAUCAGUCUGUCUAUUGUCGUCUGUCUCUCUUGCCAUCACCACAGCUCCACCUGCUCCCGGCCCGGCCCGGUGCUCCCUUGGCUUCCUGUGGGCCCAGAGCCGGCAUGAACUCUCCCGCCAAGUCUGAUGGCGCGCCUGGCCGGGAGCCAUCCCUGGAGAUCCUGCCACGGACCUCACUGCACAGCAUCCCUGUGGCAGGGCACCAUCUCAUCUCCUCAUGCGGGUAGACAACAGCAUCCUGAGAGCGUCCUGACACCUAUGCUGCACCCUGGGUCUGGGUCAUCCUGCCCAGCACCUACCAAGCUGUCUCCUCUUGUGUCCACAGUAGAGGUGAAGCCGGCACUGCCUGGGACCAUGCCCAGUACCAUGGGCCCUGGGGUGCGGCGGGGGCUGCCGGCCGGGGCUGUGGAGCCUGUGGACCCCACAGACCCCGUGAUGCGGGAGCGGCAGCUGCAGCAGGAGCUGGCAGCCCUGAAGCAGCAACAGCAGCUGCAGAAGCAGCUUCUGUUCGCCGAGUUCCAGAAGCAGCAUGCACACCUGACUCGGCAGCACGAGGCACAGCUGCAGAAACACCUGCAGCAGCAGCAGCAGGAGAGACUGGCAGCCCAGCGGCAGCGAGACCUGGAGCAGCAGCGGCAGCGGGAACAGCAGCAGCAGGAGGAGCUGGAGAGGCAGCGGCUGGAGCAGCAGCUGGUGGUCCUGCGCCAUAAGGAGAAGAGCAAAGAGAUGGCCCCACCCGCAGGUGCCAUUGCCAGCACCGAGGUGAAGCUGCGGCUGCAGGAGUUCCUCCUGUCCAAGUCGAAGGAGCCCACGCCAGGCGGCCUCAACCAUUCCCUCCCUCAGCACCCCAAGUGCUGGGGAGCCCACCACGCUUCUUUGGACCAGAGCUCCCCUCCCCAGAGCGGCCCCCCCGGGACACCUCCCUCCUACAAGCUGCCUCUUCUGGGGCCGUACGACAGCCGUGAUGAUUUCCCCCUGCGCAAGACAGCCUCAGAACCCAACCUGAAAGUGAGGUCAAGGCUAAAGCAGAAGGUAGCUGAGCGGAGAAGCAGCCCCCUGCUGCGCCGCAAGGAUGGGACUGUUAUCAGCACCUUUAAGAAGAGAGCCGUGGAGAUCACAGGCACCAGCCACGGGGUGUCAUCCGUGUGUAACAGUGCACCUGGCUCUGGCCCCAGCUCUCCCAACAGCUCCCACAGUACCAUCGCUGAGAAUGGCUUUACGGGCUCAGUCCCCAACAUCCCCACAGAGAUGCUCCCCCAGCACCGGGCCCCCACCCUGGACAGCUCCCCCAACCAGUUCAACCUCUACUCAUCUCCCUCUCUGCCCAACAUUUCCCUUGGGCUGCAGCCCACAGUGACCGUCACCAACUCGCACCUCACAGCCUCCGCGAAGCUCACGACGCAGCAGGAGGCCGAGAGGCAGGCCCUCCAGUCUCUGCAGCCUGGUGGCUCGCUGACCGGCAAGUUCCUGAGCACCUCCUCCAUCCCCGGCUGCCUCCUGGGUGUGGCGUUGGAGGGCGACUCGGGCUCCCACGGGCAUGCGUCCCUGUUGCAGCAUGUGCUGCUCCUGGAGCAGGCCCGGCAGCAGAGCACCCUUAUUGCUGUGCCGCUUCAUGGGCAGUCCCCCCUGGUAACCGGCGAGCGCAUGGCCACCAGCAUGCGGACAGUGGGGAAGCUGCCCCAACACCGGCCACUAAGCCGCACACAGUCCUCGCCGCUGCCACAGAGUCCACAGGCACUGCAGCAGCUUGUCACACAGCAGCAGUUCUUGGAGAAGCAGAAGCAGCAGCAGCUGCAGCUGGGCAAGAUCCUCACUAAGACCGGGGAGCUGCCCAGGCCGCCCACCACACACCCUGAGGAGACCGAGGAGGAGCUUACGGAGCAGCAGGAGGCUUUGCUGGUUGAAGAGGCCCUGACAAUGCCCCGGGAGGGCUCCACAGAGAGUGAGAGCACCCAGGAAGACUUGGAGGAGGAUGAUGAGGAUCUGGAGGAUGAGGAGGACUGUUAUGUGCAGGUCCAGGACCCAGCAGGCAACAGUGGCUCCGAGGAGGGUCCCGACCUGGAGGAGCCCAGCACUGGCUACAAAAAGCUCUUCACAGAUGCCCCGCAGCUGCCGCCCCUACGUGUGUAUCAGGCGCCCCUCAGCCUGGCCACUGUACCCCACCAGGCCCUGGGCCGCACCCAAUCCUCGCCUGCUGCACCGGGUGGUACGAGGAGCCCCCCAGAUCUGCCCACCAAGUUUCUCUUUACCACUGGCGUGGUGUACGACACCUUCAUGCUAAAGCACCAGUGUGUGUGCGGGAACACGCAUGUCCACCCCGAGCAUGCCGGCCGCAUCCAGAGCAUCUGGUCCAGGCUGCAGGAGACUGGACUGCUGGGCAAGUGUGAGCGGGUCCGGGGCCGCAAGGCCACCCUGGACGAGAUUCAGACGGUGCACUCAGAGCUGCACACACUGCUGUACGGGACCAGCCCACUCAACCGGCAGAAGCUAGACAGCAAGAAGCUGCUUGGCCCCAUCAGCCAGAAGAUGUAUGCUGUGCUGCCUUGCGGGGGCAUUGGGGUGGACAGCGACACUGUGUGGAACGAGAUGCACUCCUCGAGCGCUGUGCGCAUGGCCGUGGGCUGCCUGCUGGAGCUGGCCUUCAAGGUGGCCUCAGGCGAGCUCAAGAAUGGCUUUGCCAUCAUCCGACCCCCAGGACACCAUGCGGAGGAGUCCACUGCCAUGGGAUUCUGCUUUUUCAACUCAGUGGCCAUCACAGCCAAACUGCUGCAGCAGAAGCUGAGUGUGGGCAGGGUCCUCAUUGUGGACUGGGACAUCCACCACGGUAACGGCACGCAGCAGGCCUUCUACACUGACCCUUCCGUGCUCUACAUCUCGCUGCACCGCUAUGACAACGGCAACUUCUUCCCGGGCUCCGGGGCUCCGGAGGAGGUUGGUGGGGGCCCCGGCGUGGGGUACAAUGUGAACGUGGCCUGGACUGGCGGCGUGGACCCUCCCAUCGGGGACGUGGAGUACCUGGCCGCCUUCAGAACAGUGGUCAUGCCCAUCGCCCACGAGUUCGCUCCUGAUGUGGUCCUGGUCUCCGCUGGCUUCGACGCCGUGGAAGGACACUUGUCCCCGCUGGGUGGCUACUCUGUCACCGCCAGAUGCUUCGGCCACCUCACCAGGCAGCUGAUGACGUUGGCAGGGGGCCGAGUGGUACUGGCCCUGGAGGGGGGCCACGACUUGACGGCCAUCUGUGAUGCCUCCGAGGCCUGCGUCUCUGCCCUGCUCAGUGUGGAGCUGCAGCCCUUGGACGAGGCCAUCCUGCAGCAGAAGCCCAACAUCAAUGCAGUGGCCACACUGGAGAAGGUCAUCGAGAUCCAGGGCAAACACUGGAGCUGCCUGCAGAGGUUCGCAGCAGGGCUGGGCCGUUCCCUGCGGGAGGCCCAGGCCAGUGAGGCAGAGGAGGCAGAGACUGUGAGUGCCAUGGCGCUGCUAUCUGUGGGUGCCGAGCAGGCCCAGGCCUCGACCCAGGAGCACAGCCCCAGGCCGGUGGAGGAGCCCAUGGAGCAGGAGCCCGCCCUAUGACCCCAGCCCCGGCCUUCAUCAUUGUGAUUUUGUUUAUUUUUUCUAUUAAAAACAAAAAGUCACACAUUCA